AUGGUUUUCUACGCAUACGCGGCGUCAAAAACCGACAUGAACGCCCGGUUCGUUAUCACAGCACCAUCAGUUGAGGCUGUGGAUGAGUGGUUUCUCGACGCCCGAGCCGAUGGACUCGAGGCCACAAGACAUAGCCCAGAGUUCUACACGUACAAAUAUGACGUGGCUCAAUGGAUCUUUUCCUGGAGUGUUGGAUCCGGAACAGAGGCAACCAAGUCCAGCAGGAACAAAGUCUUCUUUACUCGGUUCAAUGACGCUGGGGGCAUGUUUCAGUCCAUGAUUCCGAAUCAGGUCGCGCCCAACCAUAUUUCCGGCAACACCUUCUACAUUCGAUCCAAGACCAAGCCUAAUGUGUUCUGGAAUGUCGACGGUGGCAUCGUCUAUGCUACGCAGCUCGCCCGCACCAAAUUCAGAAUCUCCAUUCAAGGUGGAUCAAAGGGCGAUGUGAUGAUCCCGAAACAUGAUAUUACGAUCAGUGCACUUUUUAAUAAUCCAUUGAGGGAAUAUACCGUUUACUGGAGUCCGGAUAACAGUCUGAAGACUGAAUUGGCGGAUGUCGGUGGCGGCGCUCUGGUCCCAGGGCCCGGAGGCCAAUAUCCAGGACAGGGUUACCCGGGCUGGCAGACCAGUACUUUCAAGUUUGGCGUCUUUAAGAACAGCUUCCUUCCUCUUGGGAAGGAUAGUGAGCUUGAUGAUGCUAAGUUGGCCUUUUACCAGGAUGCUGGUGAGGAGUGGGAACUUGUUUCCUGA